AUGCGCUCUGUCUCUGCACUUCUAGCCCUGGCCGUUGCGGGUUCGUUCGAACUUGCGGCGGCAGGCAACUGCAAGCCUUCUUCUCCUCUUCAAACCGAUGAGACAGCACAGUCUUCUCCGAUCGCCACUGGAACCGCAACAAGAUCGCUACCUUCUUCGCAAACUACCGAAGGCCCCGUAAUCAUCACAAAUGCCGUGACUAACGGCGGCUUUGGAGGCUACGAUCCUUCUGCCGAUGGUGGCAUCUACGCCUUCCAGGCUGGCGGCAAUGCCAAACUCCUCCAAGGCCCUGGAUACCCAGGCCAAUCUGACGAGAGGAACUGUGUACAACUCAAGACGGGCCUUACCCGAAAGCGACAGACACCCCCCGAGAACCCUUGGAUUCAACAGCAGCUUCAGGAUAUGGAGCCUAGUGACUACACCGUUCGCUUCUGGUACGCUAUCGUACAGAACUCUGUCGCUGAUACAUGUCGCAUCGAAGGAUACUACGGUGGUGAACAGUUUGGAGCCACGCCUUACUUCCCUGUUGUCAGCGACGCGGGUGACAAGUGGUUGGAGUUUGUUGACAACAUGGCUGUCACGACAAACAGCGGAAUGAUUCGAUUUGAGCUUGUUUGUGUCAACGGGGGCUCUGCUGAGGCUUACUUUGACCAGGUCUUUGUGUCCAACAAGAUCGGCGAUGAGUGGGUUGAUGGUAUCUCGCUGUUCUUCCCUACUUCCAAGCACGCUGCCACCGUUGGCCCUGCCGAGACCAGCACUGCUCUCCCUGUUGACACUGCCGUGACUAGCAGCGAUAACACCGAAACAUCUGAAGCCCCUACAACUCACCCUUCGGAGGCACCUACCACCACAGACGAAGCUUCAGCAACAGCUAAGACCACCGAGGCCGCGCCUACUGCUACGACAUCUUCCGCUCCUAUUGAUGAAGACAAAGACACUCCUUCUGGCCCCAAAGUCUGCGUCAAACUCGGAGCCGGUGCUGCUGGUCGAGGUUGCGCUAAGCGUCCAUACAGCAGCAAGCAAGGAUACAAGCGAUUCGGCGGAAGCAAGAUCACCAAAGAGCAGUGCGCCGCCCUCUGUCUCGCCGAUUCCCAAUGUAUGAGUUUCGAGUGGCUCUACUGGGGCAGCGGCUGCUCAAACUCAUGUAACCUUUUCACUGCCGAGUUAGGCGACAUUCCUACCAAUGGUGGUUCCGAUUCCGCCUGGGCCUACGACCGAAGCUGUAUCCACGAGGAUGAGUGCGUCGAACAGCCAGCCGGUACCGUCUGUGUCAACGUCAACGCCGAUACCCCUGCCAAGGCCUGCACCCAUUUCCAAGGUGUUGCCAAGGCGUGCGCGAAGCCCUUCCUCACAGCUCCCACCAACGGACUUUGCGGUCUGACAAACGAGUGUCGAGACCUUUGCGCCAAGUACCCUUCUUGCAAAUCCUACUCGGCUACCUUUGGUCGUUGCAGUCUAUACGAUGCUAGAUCGUCUGAGGUGGCGGAACCUGCGGAUGCGUACAGCUUCUUUUACGAUAUGGAUUGUCAUGCCUGUGGAGCGGGCAACGCGUACUUUGAUUACAUUCCCCGUGGCCAAGAUCCGGCUACUAUGCCUGAGUGGACAUGCCCUGUUCAAGAGAAAAAGACUUCCUCGGCACUGGCCAUCUCAACGACCGCUAAGCCUGCCGAUGUCACUACUUCUAGUGUUGAUGAAAUCACCAGUGCCAGAGCUGCCCCAACUGAGAACAACAGCAUGAUCCCUACAACUACACCCAGCCCGACUACCACACUCCCACCUGCCACAGUCUCAGUCUGUCCCAAUGGCGUCCCAUCCCCCGGCUUUUGCUCCAUCAUCAACCCAGCCCCAGACAGAGCCCUUUGUGGGAAGCUCGGCUGGCCCCAGCUCACUGAUGCCUGGGGAUAUAGUGUUGAAGAUCGUCCUAACCAGCGUUCUAUUGAAGACUGUGCUGUUCUGUGCAAGGAGGAUCACGGAUGCCUGGCUUUUGGCUUCGAUGAUAGCCAGCCAACACUCAAAUGUGCGCUCAUCUCGUCAGACUUGCAAGAUGCCUCUAUUGCUGAACAGCAAUCUGGAUAUAAUGCUAUGUGGUUUGAUUUGAAGUGUAUGACUUGUACGAUGUGUGGUGAGAAGGAAGGUACUACGCCUUCACCACCUGAGUUGGGCUGCCAGCCUCUUACAGUCAACGCUGGCUGCAGAUACAAGCAAAACGGCGAGUGGCCUAUCGGUAGUAAUGGAAGAGGAGUCAGCGGCUAUACGUGUCACUCUAACGGCAAGGUCACUCUUGGGGAGCCCUUCUCAGCAGACAUCACCACCUGGCCACACCAAAAGUCCGAGAUUCAGUGUACGGAGACAUGCUUACAGCUUGAGAACUGUAAGUCCUCGGCUUACAACACAGACACCAAGCUUUGCGAGUUCUUCAGCACAUCUCUCCUCGACGCUGGAUACAGAUUCCAGGAUGGUAGCAAGAUCUGGUAUAAUGACAACGCAUGCUUUGACUGCUCUGGACUGUGCAAGGUGCCUCAGAAAGAGGACCCUGCCGGGACUGAGAGCAUGUCUCACUUCCCUCAGCCUACCGAGGCUCCUACAACUAUGAGGACCUUUACUCGUUCUGUUUUCGAAGGAGCCACCACCACUUCUGCUACCAAGACCACAUCUGCGUUGGAAGAGCCGGUCGCAACGACCUCUAGCGCCCCGCAAAACGAGCCGACAACUUGCACAGUACCCUCUGCUUCUCUUAGCGACGAUGUCACAUGUGGUGUCCCUGGUGUGAGCAACUCCGCCCAGUCCAAGACGAUGGAAGGCUAUACGGCCAAGCAGGUUGGAUCUCUUGAGAAAUGCGCCCUUGAGUGUCUGCAGCGUACAGGGUGUGAGGGCUUCCUCUUCCGAAAGAGCACUACCCUGUGCAAUGUUUUCACUGCUGGACCUGCUGGACUGGAGUUGAUUUAUAAUCCAUCAUCGGGUGAUAAGUUCUAUGAUAGGAACUGCUUCAAGUGUGUAUCUUGA